CCACGUGUUUAGAGAGGCAGACGCCGAGAGAGGAGACGUAGCUGGGCCGGGGCGCAGCGUCUCCGGCCUCAGCCCGCUUUCUGCACCACCGAGGCGGCCGCCCAGGAGCCCCAGCCAGCCUCCUGCGUCCCUCUCCUCCCACAGCCUGGGGAAGGAGCCGGCGGCGGCGGCGGCGGCGAGACAGCCCGGCUCAUCCUGCCCCAUGCCGGUGGUUGGUUUGUUUUUGUUCCCACCCCUGCGCCCAUCCCCCUGCUGCCGGCUAGGCUAAGCCAGGUUUCCCUGCUACGGCAGAUGUGUUUGGGGUUCUCGCACAGCAGGGACUAUGGUGAAAUUUCCAGCGCUCACUAACUACUGGCCCCUGAUCCGAUUCUUGGUUCCUUUGGGCAUCACCAAUAUAGCCAUCGACUUCGGGGAGCAGGCCUUGAACAGGGGUAUCGCAGCUGUUAAGGAAGAUGCUGUGGAAAUGCUGGCCAGCUAUGGACUGGCCUAUUCCCUUAUGAAGUUCUUCACAGGUCCAAUGAGUGACUUCAAGAAUGUGGGUUUGGUGUUUGUGAACAGCAAACGAGACAGGACUAAAGCCGUUUUGUGCAUGGUUGUGGCUGGUGCAGUGGCUGCUGUAUUUCAUACCUUGAUAGCAUAUAGCGAUUUGGGGUAUUACAUUAUUAACAAGCUGCACCAUGUGGAUGAAUCGGUGGGAAGUAAAACUAGACGGGCCUUCCUUUAUCUUGCUGCCUUCCCUUUUAUGGAUGCCAUGGCUUGGACCCAUGCUGGCAUUCUGUUGAAACACAAGCACAGUUUCCUUGUGGGAUGUGCCUCCAUCUCAGAUGUCAUAGCUCAGGUUGUUUUUGUAGCCAUUCUGCUUCACAGUCACUUGGAAUGCAAAGAGCCUCUCCUCAUCCCAAUCUUAUCCUUGUACAUGGGGGCAGUGGUCCGAUGUACCACCUUAUGCCUGGGCUACUACAAGAAUAUACACGACAUUAUUCCUGACAGCAGUGGGCCUGAGAUGGGGGGAGAUGCUACAGUAAGGAAGAUGCUGAGUUUUUGGUGGCCUUUGGCAUUAAUUUUGGCAACUCAGCGAAUCAGUAGACCCAUUGUCAACCUUUUUGUCUCCCGGGACCUGGGCGGCAGCUCUGCAGCCACAGAGGCUGUGGCAAUUCUGACAGCUACAUACCCUGUGGGACACAUGCCGUACGGCUGGUUGACAGAAAUUAGAGCCGUGUAUCCUGCUUUUGACAAGAAUAACCCCAGCAAUAAACUGGUGAACACCAGCAGCACAGUCACAGCAACGCAUAUCAAGAAAUUCACUUUUGUCUGCAUGGCUCUAUCGUUAACGCUCUGUUUUUUGAUGUUUUGGACUCCGAAUGCAUCAGAGAAGAUUUUAGUUGACAUAAUUGGAGUCGAUUUUGCCUUUGCAGAACUGUGUGUCAUUCCUUUGCGCAUCUUCUCCUUUUUCCCAGUUCCAGUGACAGUUAGAGCACACUUGACUGGCUGGCUCAUGACACUAAAGAAGACAUUUGUAUUGGCACCCAGCUCUGUGCUGCGCAUCAUCGUCCUCAUCACUAGUCUCAUUGUGCUGCCUUACUUAGGGGUCCAUGGAGCCACCCUAGGAGUAGGAUCACUUCUAGCUGGUUUUGUAGGAGAAUCUACCAUGGUUGCAAUAGCAGCGUGCUAUGUCUGUCGGAAACAGAAAAAGAAGCGGAACGAAAAUGAGACAGCUACAGAAGGCGAAGACUCAGUAAUGACUGACAUGCCACAGAUAGAAGAAAUGACAGACAUCGUAGAAAUGAGGGAAGAGAAUGAAUAAUAAACGGGACGUGAUUGUUCUCUGCAGGGACACAUAGAAUGAUACUUCAGCAUCUUUUCUUCUCUCAUACUUUUUUUUUGUUUUUUAUUUUUGUAAUAAAGAGGCCUUGAUUUAAAAGGCUUCAGAUAAAUUCUCUAGCAUACUGAGUAUGCUCACACUAAUGAGGGACCUAAAGAAAGGUCUUUGCUUUUGCUUGUUUUGUUUUCUCGCUCCAUGCAAACACAAAAGAUAUGGCUGCAUCACAUGAAAGGGCAUUUUCCUCAAUACGCAUCCAUCUUCUUUGGACAAUCUGCAUUUGUCAACCAAAGCCCUGCUGUGUGUCUCUGUGCUAUUGACUCUGCUACCGUCCUUUCUUCCCUCUUCCCUUUUAUUUUUUCUUACUGAGAAUUUAAAAAAAAAAAAACAACUUUGAAAAUGCAGCUUUAUUUUACUUGCUUGACAAUGAUUUUGCUAUCUAAACUGAUGUACCACA